UAGUUUCUUCCACCUCGGCGAAACAUCCUCUUUCAUCAGGUGACUCUUCGCCAAUUGAUAAUAAGAAAUUAAAAAACGAAGAAUUGGAUCAAGCUCGAUCUACACUUUUCGAUCUCUUCCAACGAGAUCCAUCUCUCUUGAGUCAAAUCGCUGCUAUGGCUAAGACGGCAGAAGACAACAAUCAAGCAUUGCAAGUAGAACAGGUGGUUAAUGUAGUACAAAAUGAUUUUGCUUUGGCCAUUUCUAAACUGAAUGAAUGAGUUGAUGUUGUCGAGACCAAGAUUAAAUCUCACGAUUCGGAUAUUGAAGAAGCACAACGAUAUAGUCGUUCUUUUUGCCUUCGCGUGUACGGUGUCCGACUUAUUCAAAACGAAAAUAAUAUUACUUUACGUGAUUGGCUAUAUGACUUUUUCGAAAAUACCCUUGGUGUUCAGUUAGGAAAUAAUAUUGAAUAUUGUCAUCGCUCUCGUUCUUCGUUAAAUCAAGCAACAUCAACUGCUUCAACUCGACCGCCGGCUAUUGUUGUGCGAUUUAUUUCUCGAUUUGAUCGUCAGGCAGUUCUUUCGUCUCUUGGUCAUUUAAAGAAACAAAACACUGGCAUGACUAUCACUGAAGAUUUGACUCCUGGAACUCUUAAACUAUUUCAUGAAACUCGAAAUAAAUUGAAUGGUGAGGAAAAGAAACGUGUCACUACUCGUAUGGGAUUUGUCUUUCUUCGAGAUUCGAUUAGUAGUAGAACGAUGAAACGAGUUGAAAGUAAGUGGGACGGAAUGACUUAA